UUGGUGCUACCCCACCCACUGUCGCCGCCGCACACUUCUGCUACUGCUGCGUUCUGCUCCGCCCUGAAUUCCAAUCCACAACCAAAACUUGAUCCGCAACCAAUCAACAAUGGCGGCAGAGGGAGUUGGCUGGAUUUGCUUCUUUCAGUGGCUGAUCAGAGGUGGCGGGCAGAUCUAUCUAUAAAGCAACAAAGUGAGGUGGCGGCGAUUGAGUUCGGCAGAGCAGUUGGUGGCGGUAGUCGAUUUCUAGCGGAAAGAAGGGGAAGGGAUGGAUCGACAUGGGGAAGGGUGUCAAUUUCGGUCAGGGAGGUGAAGCAGAGAAACCCUGGAACAGAUUGUGACGAACCGUUCUCGAGGGUCGCGCAAAAUGGCAGGUGCUUGUUCUUUGAGAACGUCGCUCUUGGGUCCUCCAUUUCUCUCUCGGAGAUCCGAACUUGUAUGAUGUGGAUCUUUCUGGGAUAUACUCAGCCAAAGAAUUUGUCUAGUGGUACAAUGGACAUCUAG